AUGGUCGAAGCAAUCGACGACAUGGAGGCCGUGUACCUCACUAAACGACAAUUCAUGGAUGCGCGCAGUCUCCUACAGAGUGGAAACUAUACAGACGCUACGAACACGGCACCAGAAGUUCUACAUCCCUACGAACCCCUUGCGAGUGAUAUCUGGGACGUUCAUCGCAGGCCAAUACUUUCGCGAGCGCAUGCUAUGGAUGGUGAAUUAAUGAGGAAUUUCGGAGAAACUAUCGAGUUGCAGGAUAGCUACGAAAAUCACAUCAACAGCGUAUCUUUCCCGAUUGAAGCUGGUCAGAACUAUCGAGACACGCUCGCAGAAACACAUGCUUCAAAGCAACGCUCAGGAAGUGCGGAAGAUUUCGAUCAAGUCUCGGGAGACUCUCAGCUAGAAGAAGGUCUCUCAGUGGAUCCUCUUGCAGUAUCUAUUU